GAGCGGUUGCUACUUCUCGGCCAGUUCAACCAUCCCUUUAUCUGGCUAUGUUCUCCAUCAGGAAAUGCUAGAAUAUGAACUGAAUGUAGUUGGAAUGGAAAGCUUUCCUCAUUGUUCUGAUCUUCAAUUUUUACAGAAGAUAAGAUGUUCUCCAUGAAAAGGCCAGUUCUUGAGAACUCAUUUCUGGUAUCCCUGCUAGAUUCGUUUAUACAAAUCGAACAAGCGCUUCAAAUCCACGCUCAAUUCAUUGUCAAUGGCUUUCAUCGCCAUAUUUUCCCCAUAAGCAGGCUGAUCUCUUUCUUUGUGCAAUUGGGUUCCACAGAAGGUUUGAGUUACUCCCACCUUCUCUUCUCACAAACAGCUUCACCAAAUGUGUUUAUAUGGAAUACUUUGAUAAGAGGAUACUCUCGAAGCAAUUCCCCACAAGAAGCAAUUUUCCUCUACAUGUCUAUGCUUGCCAAGGGAAUUGAAUCGCCGAAUAACUUCACGUUCCCUUUUUUACUCAAUGGUUGUGCAAGGCUGUCAUGUUUGAAGCCCGGAUGGCAGAUUCAUGGUCAUGUGAUGAAGUUCGGAUUCAAAUAUGAUCUUUUUAUUGGGAAUUCUUUAAUCUUUUUGUAUUCUGCAUUUGGGCAUUUAGAAGAUGCCCGCAAUGUGUUUGAUGAAAGUCCUGUAAGGGAUCUUGUUUCGUAUAAUACCUUGAUGAAUGGGUAUAAUCGAGGAAACGAACCUUGGGCUGCUUUGAGGCUCCUUAGGGAGAUGCAGGAGUCUAAUGUCAAGCCUGAUGGGUAUACUUUUGUAGCUCUGUUGUCAGCUUAUUCACUGUUGAACAAUCCUAUGAUCGUGAAGCAGGUCCACUGUUUGAUUUAUAAGAAUUUGGGGUUCUUUGAUUCUGAUGUGUUACUGAAGAGUGUCAUGGUUGAUAUGUACGCAAAGUGUGGUUUAAUGAAUAUGGCUGAGAGGGUAUUUAGUACAAUAAGAUGUAGCAAUAAUACUGCAUCAUGGAGUUCUAUGGUAUCAGGAUAUGCUCGAUGCGGGGAGAUCGAGGCUGCUAGAAGGCUGUUUGAUCAGUCGGUUGAAAGAGAUGUGGUUUCUUGGACAGCCAUGAUCAGUGGUUACGUUCAAGCGGGGCAGUACAAGGAAGCACUGGAAAUUUUUGUCCAAAUGGAGAGUCUAGACAUAAGGCCUGAUGAAGUUACACUGGUUGCUGUUUUCUCGGCCUGCGCUGGGCUUGGAGCUCUUGAUUUUGGCAAAAAGUUAGAUCACCAGUACGUAAGAAAUGAUUCGUAUCAUGAGAAUGCUAUUGUCACCACAUCGAUCAUAGAUAUGUAUGGGAAAUGUGGAAGCAUAGAUACUGCUCUGGACACUUUUCAUCGGUCCAAGGAUCGUUUGAAGACCAAUGCUAUCUUCAACUCCAUGAUCACAGGUCUUGCCAAGCAUGGCCUGGGUAAAAUCGCCCUCGAUGUUUUCAAAGAAAUGGAAUUGACAGGAUUGAAACCAGAUGGAGUUACAUUUGUGGCCAUUUUAAGUGCUUGCAGCCAUAGUGGUCUAGUUGAGGAGGGUAAGAAGUUGUUCAACUCCAUGUUAAGCGACUACGGUAUUACACCAGAAAUGGAACAUUAUGGUUGCAUGGUUGAUCUUCUAGGACGAGACGGUCACUUAGAGGAAGCUUAUGAGUUAAUCCAAAACAUGCAAUUUGAGGCCAACUCUGUAAUCUGGAUAGCUCUAUUGGGUGCUUGUAGGCUACACAAAAACGCAGAAUUGGGUGACUUUGCAGCACGGAAACUCUUCGAAGUGGAGCCAGAUCAUGGAGCUCGAUAUGUUUUGUUGUCUAACAUGCUUGCAAAUGCAAACCAGUGGGAAGAAGCUGGGAGAGUGAGGGAAGUGAUGGAUGAAUCCGGUAUUCAGAAGCCACCCGGGUGGAGCUAUGUAGAGUUGGAUGGUGUUCUUAAUCGAUUUUUGGCCAGUGACAAGUCCCACCCACAAGCAGCAGAUGUAGAGUUGAUGCUCAUGGACUUGACCAGAGUGGCUGAAGUGAGCUGACUAUGAUCCCAGUACAUCAUCAUAUGUACUGUUUAAUCACAAACCAGCUUUUUGAACAUCCUGUCCAUUCAUCUCCGGAAAGUCAGUCUAAUAGAGAAAUGGCUGGUGGUAUCGUCAUUGACUCAUUGGAGUGACUUCUAGGAUAUACUGCGUAGUUGGGUGUGAAAAAAAAGAGGAUGCCAAUCGGUUUGGGUUGGACAACAUCAAAUAUUUACGAAAUAUUUAUAUGUCUGGACCUAACUUGGAUUGAAUUUCGGACGUAGUUAAUUGACGAAACUCGGAUUUAUUUAAUUCUGAGUUGUUCGAUUUGUCAAA